AUGCCUCGCAUCUUCAAAUUUAAGGACAUAGGCGCAUCCUGGCAUUCUGAAUUCAAUGAGAGCGCUUGGCGCGGCUUCAUGGGCAACUGGUACGGUGGCGUGCACGACCCCAAUACCUAUCAAGUAAUGCAGGGAUUACGUACUUGGCGGUGGCGCGACUCCAGCCGCCGUAUCCUCGACCAGAUCAAUGUGUACGGCACCAACCGACCAGGAACUGUCAAGCGAGAGCGCGACGGCCUGGGGCAGAUGACCCUCCAGUACACGGGCAAGAUGGUAGAGCCCGAGUUCCGAGAGGAGCCUGUCAGUUUGGAGCGUGCGUCCGUUGUGGCGCUGAGCCCGGCUGUGUUGGCCUGGCUGAGCCGCUUCUGGCUGCCGCCUGUGGCGGUUGCGGGGCCGCCGCCGCGGGGUGUGCUGGCGGCGGCCCAGGCGGCGGCGGACGACGAGGGCAAGGUGGUGGCGGCCAUUCGCAGCGACAGCUGGGGCAUGGAGAUCUUCCUGCGGGACGGCGACUGCCGCUGGAGCUUUCCACUGGUGUACGAUGCGGCGACGGGCGCACUCACCCGUACUGCCCUCAUCCAAGAGCACUACACAGGCGUCGACCCGUCAACACCGCAUGUUCUGACCGCCGAGCGACACGUCGUCCCGCGGCCGCAGCUGCCGGACGACCCCGCGUCCUGGGUGACCCACGGCCCCCACGGUCCCGCGGAAGGGCCCCCUGAGGAGGACACCUUCCUGCGGAUCCGACUGCCCGACGCGAUGUACAUGAAAGUGCCCAAGUCCAUUGCGGUGGCAGCGGAGGCGGCAGUGAAGGCCGAAACGACAGAAGCGGCAGCGGCAGAGGCACCCAAAGUGUCGCCGGCUGCCCCGGAGCAGCUCCGAAGCAACGGCGUUUGCGGCGAUACUUUGAGGUUCGAGUUUGGUGAUGGUUACAUCCCGUUGCAGAAACACCAGUAG